AUGUUUUCGCAGCUUCUGAUUUUUGUUGGUUUUCACGCCUGUAUUGUCGCUUCCGCAGUUAUUUCGGGCCGCGCUGCUCCUACUGUGACUCUCGACUCUGCAACGUUCACCGGGACAACAUCUGGGUCUGUCUCGCAGUUCCUGGGCAUCCCAUUCGCGCAACCUCCCACUGGAGAUCUUCGUUUCAGGCUACCGGAAACUCUUCCAGCGUACAAUGGGUCGUAUGAUGCCACCGCUUUUGGACCAUCUUGUCCGCAACAGGCCGUGAAGCUGCCGGACCUAACAGGGCUAUCAGCGGAAGUUGUGGAUUACAUCGUCAACUCCAUCUUCAAUGCUAUUCUUCCUGAUGAUGAGGAUUGUCUGACUAUCAAUGUUUUGACGCCAGCGACCGCCACUUCAACUUCUGGACUUCCUGUUCUCGCGUGGAUUUUUGGAGGUGGCUUUGAGGUUGGUGGCACGGCUAUGUACGACGGCACCAGCAUUGUUGCUCGGUCAAUCGCACUGAAUCAACCAGUAAUAUAUGUUUCGAUGAAUUAUCGAGUUUCUGGCUUCGGUUUUCUUGCAAGUAAGGAAGUCCAAGAAGCUGCUGUUGGAAACCUCGGACUCCAUGAUCAAAGAGAGGCUCUGAGAUGGAUUCAGAAGUAUAUAACUGCUUUUGGUGGCGAUCCUACGAAAGUGACAAUAUGGGGCGAAUCUGCUGGAGCCAUUUCGGCUGCAAUGCAUAUGAUUGCCUACGACGGUGACACGCAAGGUCUUUUUCGUGCAGCCUUCAUGCAAUCAGGGUCUCCGAUCCCCGUUGGAGAUCUUGAGGGCGGCCAGAAAUAUUACGAUGAUGUCGUGGUUCAGACGGGCUGCUCUGACUCUGCCGAUACCCUCAGUUGUUUGAGGACGGUCUCAUACGCAACUCUGAAAGCGGCAAUCGACAAUUCGCCCUUCAUAUUUGACUACCAGUCAUUGGUUUUGGCGUGGCUACCUCGUGCAGACGGCGUACUCUUCUCCGAUAAUCCACAGCGGCUCGUACAACAAGGCAAAAUUGCUAAUGUUCCCUUAGUGAGCGGCGACUGUGAUGAUGAGGGAACGUUGUUUUCCUUGUCAACGCUCAAUGUCACGACAGAUGCCGAGGUCGCAACAUAUUUGAGCACUGUGACUUUCCCGAAUAUUACAGAUCAGGAACUUGCCACGUUGCUGGAGCUCUAUCCUGAGGAUCCUCUCGAAGGGUCUCCGUAUGAUACCGGAAUAUUGAACAUCCUAACGCCCCAAUUCAAGAGGAUCGCAUCCUUCCAGGGAGAUGCGGUAUUCCAAGCGCCUCGCAGGUUCUUCUUACAAAACCUUUCCGGAAAGCAAAAUAUAUGGGCCUUUUUGAAUAAGCGCCUCAAGCUCGUUCCAAUCUUGGGGUCAUUCCACGCCAGUGAUAUCCUCAAUGUUUACUUCGGCGGAGACAUGGUAGACUACCUUGUUCGUUUCGCCGCUACUUUGAAUCCCAACGGAAGCACCGGUAUUCAAUGGCCCCAAUGGACUAACAGUUCGCCCAAUCUACUCACGUUCAACGACGGUCUCACCCCUUUGACCAUCACGCAAGACACAUUCCGUAGCGAUGCUAUAAAUGGCUUGUCGGAAAUCUUAUUGGAAAAUCCAAUUUGA